CGAAUAAACAGCAGCAGAAGAAGAAGAAGUGUCCGGACAUGAUUUGCGUAGAGUUUGCCUGAUAGCCCAGCCCGGUCAGGUAACAACAACACUGUUCCGCCAAAAGAAAAUAACCCCAUACAUAACAGAGACACACAUCCUCGUGUACUUCUGAUACAGGCUGAGCCGCUGGAUAACACUGUCUGGUCAUGGAAAGUGGCGGCAAGUGAGGAACACUUUGAUGCACUUUCAGUACCAGUGUGUGAGGUUGUGGUUGCGAUGCCGAUAUGGGGACGCGUACAGGACUACAAAAAGACACACGAGCUGGAUUAAACAAGUCCCAGUGCCAUGCCAGUCCUGGCUAUGGCACAGCCUGUGGUUGAUCACCAGAAGCGCUUUCAGGCUGCUGUGGAUGUCAUCCAUAACCUCCCCAAGAAUGGCUCCUACCAGCCGUCCUAUGAGGUGAUGCUGCGUUUCUACAGUCUGUACAAGCAGGCAGUGUGUGGACCCUGUACUGUCCCCCGGCCCGGCUUCUGGGACCCAGUUGGUCGCUACAAAUGGUGUGUAUGUGUGGAUGUGUGGUGCCGGCUGGGGGGGAUGAACACUGAGAGCGCCAUGGCUGCAUACGUGGACGAGAUGAAGAAAGUAGCACAGGAGGUCAUCGACAGCGUUUCCAUGAACGAGAAGACGGCCUCGCUCUUCCACCACUUCGAGCCGCUCUACCUGGUGAUGGACGACAUGCCACGGCCCCCAGAGGAGCUGCUCACUCUCAGAGAAGACUCUGGAGUGUGUGAGGGCGUGGUGUGUGAGGGCGUGGUGUUGACCAGCGACUCAGAGAGCGAGAUCUUCUGUGACUCAGUUGACUCUGUGGAGCAGCUCAGCAACAUCAAGUUGACUGUUGUGAAGACCAAUGGUUUUCCCAAUGGCCACGUGUCCUCUGAGUCGUGUCCUGUUCAGAGCCUUCAGCUGGAAGGCCGUCUGGAGGUGAGGCAGGUGGGGGCGGGGCAGGGUGGAGAGGGGGCGGAGGACGGGAAGGGCCCCCAGCGGAGGAGCAGAGACACAGGAAGGGAAGCUCCACACCACAACUGGAGAGAACGUGGUGUUCCCCAAGGCAGUCCCAGGAGGGGGGUGGAAGGGAGGGGAGGAGGUGCCGGCCGCGGCGGCGCCAGCCGAGGCGGCGGGGACGGCUCUGAGGGGGGGGUGGAGAGGCUGCACGAGGCCCAGCUGCAGCAGCAGAUCGUGCUGGCGCUGCGCCGGCUGAGGGAGGACAUGAGGAGCGUGAUGGAGCGGCUGGAGGCGGUGGAGCGGCUCGCUGCCACACAUGCUCAGGGGUCAGAGUGGAGAACGUGCGCACAGUGUGCCGCCGCAGCUGCAAAACGGCAGGAGGAGCGGUGGGGGCUGUUUGACGUGUCGGGUCAGACCGUGCUCCUCUUCCUGCUGUGGCCCUUCGUGGCUAAGGGGCUGGUCUACCUGCUGAGGAGGGCCCAGAGGAGGGGCCGCAUAUCUUCAUGAAGGAUGCUGAAGAACACUCUGAACCACUCACCUGUAGUUACCAUCAGUGGGGAGGCUUCCUUUGUACAGCAAGAUGGAAUCCAUGAGGAGGCCCCUCCCUCGCUGAGGGGGGCAGGAGGGUGUGGCCUCUCUCCGAUGGAGAGAGAUUAACGUUGUUGUGUCGUUCACCUCAGGAUCAAAGUCCUCUCACUCACUGCAGCACAUAAAUCUUUAUUUAAAUUAUUCAGGAGGAAUCAGCUGGCUGUUGUUGGGCGGAAACACAGGAUACUGAUCAUGAGACAGAAUAAAGACUUGAUUUAUUUUGUUAAAUUAAAGUUAGUCAGACAUGAUGUACCUUUUGCUACCUUAGAUCAAUGUUUUUAGGAAUUAACAGAAUAUAAAAAAACAGCCAAAGUAUCUGAUGAUUAUCAGGACAUCUGUAGAUCGACUGCUUCCAUUUAAAGGCAGUCACACCGGAUUCAUCACGUCAAUAUCUCUGAUUGGUGGGGAGCACUUUGAUUUAUUCUGUCAGAUCUGACUUUCAGACACUCAGAUUGUUUGUCUCACAAUGAAAUAUCCUCUUCCAUUCUCCUCUCCCAUGUACUUACUGCACCUUCAUUCCAUGUAGAAUACAAGUUUUAUCGCCGCCACACUUAUUGUGUAUCUAAUUCAGUAAUUCCAACAUCAUUGUUAACAUAAUCAGAUUAAUUUGUAACCUCUGAAAUGAUAAAACACAGAAAUGACUAAUGUAGCUGAAACCAUUGUCACCAAAUGAUGGAAGAACUGUUUUUAAAACCUCCCUGUAAUGAAUGUCCAUGUCAAAAUGUAUAAUACUUAUGCAUGAGUUGACAUUAAAAUAUAUAUUGAUUAAAAUGU